AUGGUUUCCAAGCUCAUUCCCGCCCUCGCGGCCCUGGGUGCCGGCCUCGCCUCUGCCCAGAGCAACAACAUCUGCGCCUCCAAGACGCUCACCGUCGAUGCCGCCAUGGCCACCAACAUCCCCUGCGGUACCGUCCAGGGCUCCCUCAAGAUUGCUGAGGACGUCACCGGUGCCAUUCAAAUCGUUGGCCCCCGAACCAUCAAGGGUGACCUGAUUGUCACCAACGCCACCAAGCUCGUCGGCCUCACGUCUUCCUCCUUGGCCACCAUUGAGGGCACCUUCCAGAUGCAGGGCCUCACUCUCCUGUCCGACCUCCAGUUCAGCCAGCUUGCUACCGUCGGCUCCAUUGACUGGGUCACUCUGCCCGCACUCAGCUCCAUCACGUUCGGUACCGCCGGUGUCACCAAGGUUAACAACAUCCUCAUUAGCGACACCCACCUCAGGAGCCUGGACGGCCUGAAUGUCGCCUCCGUCGACAGUCUCCGCAUCAACAACAACAACCAGUUGGUCUCUUACAGCAACCAGCUGGCAAACGCCACCAAGACGAUCGAGAUCAACUCCAACGGUCCCGACCUGGGCAUUACCCUUCCCAACCUCAUCUGGGCCAACGAGAUCAUCAUUGCCGAUGCUGCCAAGGUCGAGAUGCCUUCUCUCGAGACUGUCAACUCCUCCAUCAAGUUUGACAAGAACACAUUCACGUCGUUCAUCGCCCCCAACUUGACUCAGUGCACUGACGGCGAUGUUUCCUUCAUCAACAAUGUCGAACUUAAGAACCUGUCCCUUCCUCUCCUGAAGAAGACCGGUGGUGGCCUCACUAUCCAGAACAACACCCUCCUUGAGAAGAUCGAUGGUCUCCCCAAGCUUGAGCAGAUUGGCGGUGCUGUUCUCCUCCGUGGCAACUUCUCUGAGGUCUCUCUGCCCGCUCUUGACGACGUGAAGGGUGCCUUCGACACCCAGUCUACUGGCAACAUUGACACCUCCUGCGACGUCUUCAACAAGAUGGAGGGCAAGCAGAUUCAGGGCGAGUACACCUGCCGCAGCAACAACACCCGUGCCAACGAGGACGGCUCUAGCUCUGGUGGCAACGCUGGAGGCACCAAGAACGGUGGUGGCUCCAACAACGAGGGUGCUGCCGGCAUCAUCUCUGUCAACACCGCCAUCCUCUCUAUUGCCCUUGUUGGUGGUCUUGCUCAGCUCAUGUUGUAA